CUCCAAAUGGUGGUUUCCCUCCUUCUGAUACAUUAGCCAAUCUAUUUGGUUUUGAAUCUCAAGAUCAACUUUUAAACUUAUAUAAAUCUCAUUGUCGUGAAGAUCGUAUUUUAAAGCAUAAUAAUCAUACAGUAUGGACAACUAGCAUGAUCUUAUGGUUCUUACGUUUCUUAUUAAAAGAUUAUAGAAGUGAAUGGGGUGGUAUUUAUGAACGUGCUGAACAGUUUAUUAGUAAAGAAAUUAACGAUUUAGAAAUGGAAGAAACUGUAGUUGCUAGCGGCAGAAAAGCUGUCCGUGAAAGAUUUGAUAUUGGUGAACCUGGUACACGUAUUCUUAAAUGUCAACAAAAUACUGGUGCAUAUUACUUUACUGAUGACCUUGCGAAAUCCUUUGGUUAUGAAAAUGCCGAAAAACUUCAAACUGCAUUCUAUGAAUAUAGAAAUAGUAAAACCAAAUCACAAAAAAUUUCUCAAAUUAGUCCCUCAGUUUGGGCAACUAUGAUGGUACUUUAUUUCUACCGUUAUGUUGCCGUUGAUCAAAAGAAAGAAUGGUUCCAAACCUAUGAAAGAUCUUACAGAUGGUUAUGGGCUCAAUUAAAGGGUAAUGAAGCCCUUGAACAAGAAUGUUUUGAUAUUGUUAAAUCAUUUAUCAAAGAUUGUCAUGGUGUAAGAGAUGAUGUUAUGGAGAUGGAUCGUAACUUUGAAAAGGAAAUUGCUGAUAUGAUAGACUCUAUUAAGAACCCACAAAAAGAUCGAGGAAUUGUUCAAAAACCUUAUGGUAUCGCUCGUAUCGAAAUUAAAAGUGCCAAACACCUGAAACAAGCCGAUUCGUGGCUUGCUGGUGGUGCUUCCGACCCAUAUGUUAGAAUAUCUAACCUUUCCACAAGUUGGGUUUAUGGUGAUUCACGUGUCAUCUACAACAAUUGUGAUCCCGUUUGGGAUCAAGUGUUUUAUAUUCCAGUUUAUGAUAUUCAGGAAAAAUUCAAUUUACAA